UCGCUGCCUCGUGAAGCAUCGCCUCGCAUUGCCCCUACCAUACAUACGCCAUGGUCGUUAAGAUCCGCCUUGCCCGGUUUGGGCGCCGAAACUCGCCUUUCUACAACAUCGUCGUGGCCCAUGCUCGCACUGCGCGCAACUCUCGGCCCCUCGAAGUUAUUGGCACAUACGAUCCCAUUCCCAAGCCCGACCCCUACGACAACUCCGGCAAGCUGCACAAGGACAUCAAGCUCGACUCCCAGCGCGCGCGCUACUGGAUCGGCGUCGGCGCCCAGCCCACCGACACGGCGUGGCGGUUGCUCUCCAUGGUUGGCAUCUUGCCGAAGCGCAACUUUGCUCCCAAAGAGAACGAGUCCAAGGGUAGUGUCCAGGCGGGCGAUGUGAGGAUUCGGUAGAGGGCAAGGAGAUGGAGGGCCGUCCAAGGCGAGAGGAUGUGAAAAUUCGACUGUGGGAUGAUCUGUAUGAUAUGUGAUUUUGGGCAUUUAACGGCGUUGGGUACGGUUUGACAUAGAGGGCGAAUACCACAAGAAGCUUGUUUCAAACAGUGUGAAGCUGGCUUGGAUUGUAUCUGAUGGGGGGUUGAAAGCGGCAUGUAACCACUCACGAUGUGAUAUGGG